GGAAAAAGAAAAAAUGACAAGCAGGACGCUCUUAUCAGUUGGCAGCCUCAUAAAGCUUCUCCCAACAGGCACAUUCUUCGUCUUCCAAUUCCUCAACCCUGCUUUAACCAACAAUGGUAAAUGCAACGGCAACAACAAGUCCCUCUGCGCCAUUCUCCUUGGCCUCUGUGGCAUCAGCUGCUUCUUUUCUUCCUUCACAGACAGUUACACAGGCAAUGACGGGAAUAGGCACUAUGGCUUGGUAACCCCAUAUGGAAUCUUUCCUUCACCGGCUUCCGACAACAUUGACCUGUCAAGGUACAAACUCAAGUUCGGAGACGUGGUGCAUGCUUUCUUCUCAGUUAUAGUGUUCGCAGUGUUGGGGUUGUUGGACACCAAUACUGUGAAUUGCUUCUACCCUGGUUUUCAUUCAUCUCAUCGUAUGCUUCAACUGCUUCCCAUAGCUAUUGGGUUAGUGGCCGGUGGGUUGUUCACGAUCUUUCCCAAUGAUCGCCAUGGAUAUGGAUACCCUUUGACCCCGGAUUUCAACGACAACGCUCCUCCCAAUAAUCCGGUGGCAAUGCCUAAUCCCUAAAACUUGUUGCUGUGAAAAUGUAUGCAAACUCUGCAUGUACUUGCAUGAAAUGUUCUUGCACUAUAUUUUGUGUGUAUCAAAUA